CUUAAUAUUUAAAGUUUAUUUUUAAUUUUUUACAAAAGUCGAAAAUUUAAAAGAUGCAGUCGAAUCUACAACCAACGAAAUAUGUUGGCCUUGUGGCCGACUUAAUGCCCAACAUUAAGCUGAUGAAAUAUUCUGGUUUAUUUAUGCAUGCGUUUACGGGUGGAUCACCGCUGUUGAAAAAAGUCUAUUCGUCCAUACAUUUAGUGUUAAUAUUGGCACAAUUCAUGUUUAUACUUGUCAAUAUGGCUCUGAAUGCUGACGAAGUAAAUGAGUUGUCCGGUAAUACAAUUACCGCACUAUUCUUUACGCACUGCGUUACGAAAUUUAUUUAUCUGGCUGUGAAUCAGAAGAAUUUUUACAGAACUUUGAACAUUUGGAAUCAGGUUAAUACUCAUCCAUUGUUUGCUGAAUCCGAUGCUCGCUAUCAUUCAAUCGCUUUAGCAAAAAUGAGAAAAUUAUUCUUCUUGGUAAUGCUGACGACAGUAGCAUCUGCAGUGGCUUGGAUAACCAUCACUUUCUUUGGUGAAAGUGUAAAGUUUGCCUUCGACAAGGAGACCAACUCCUCUAUAACAGUGGAAAUACCCAGAUUGCCUAUUAAAUCAUUCUACCCCUGGGAUGCUAGCCAGGGUAUAUUCUAUACGAUAUCAUUUGCCUUUCAAGGCUACUACUUACUAUUCUCCAUGGUACACUCGAACUUGUGUGAUGUGCUCUUCUGUUCGUGGUUAAUAUUCGCCUGCGAACAACUGCAACAUCUAAAGGGCAUUAUGAAACCUUUAAUGGAAUUAUCUGCCUCCUUAGAUACAUAUCGUCCCAAUUCAGCAGCACUCUUUCGUUCACUUUCUGCCAACUCCAAGUCAGAGUUAAUCAUUAAUGAAGAAAAAGAACCUCCCAGUGACCUGGAUAUGACCGGCAUCUAUAGUACCAAGGCCGAUUGGGGUGCACAGUUUCGUGCGCCCACAACACUACAAACAUUCAAUGGUGUCAACGGUGGCAAUCCGAAUGGUUUGACAAAGAAACAGGAAAUGAUGGUACGCAGCGCUAUCAAAUAUUGGGUGGAGAGGCAUAAACAUGUUGUCAGAGUUCAUCCGUUAUGGAGGCUGCAUACUCGUGUCACUGGUACGAUGGUUCUGAGGAGGCAAAAACCUUUGUACAAAUUGUUUGUCAACAAUGCCAGAAAGCAAUGUCCAUUUCGGGUGCAAAAUUCUUUACAGUCUCAUUGGAUUUAUUUGCUUCGGUUCUUGGUGCAGUUGUCACAUACUUCAUGGUGUUGGUGCAGCUCAAGUAAAAUUAUCAAAUAUACUUACUUAAUGCAAAAACGGCAGCAACUGCAGCGGCAGCUGCAAAAACAUUUGCUGUUGUAUAUUUUGCAUUGGCAACAUUUUAAGAUAAGAAACAGCAACACCAGCUACAGCAACAAUAACACUCUGCUAACAAUGAAAUAUAAAACAAGGACAUUAGCAACAACAACAACAAAAAUAUAUUUUAAACUUAUUUUAUAAGACAACAAAUAAUUCACCUACAUUUAGAAACUUUUAUACACACAGAUACAUAGUACUUCAAUACCUAUACUUAUAUGUCUGUGUGCAUGUAAAAGUAUUAGUGUAUCUAUGAGCUUUCUAAUACCACCACUUAUCAACUUAAUACUACCAUUUUAUACAGGGCAAACCACAUUUUAUACAUUUAAGAGUUGUAUGGAAAGUUGGUUGUUUGUUUGGUUAGUUGCCCUUAAAGGCAACAAUAGAUGAAGUAAAUCAGAGAAUUUGAUAUAUUGCUCUCACUUUAAAUUUCAUGUACUGGAAUGGCUCAACAACUGCAUCAACAGACGUUUAUUUUUGUAAAAACAUUUAUUGUCUAAGGGCGUUGGUUGACUGCUGCCAUCAUCCACAGGAAUCAUUUAGUUGUCAGUUCUUUUCUGCUAUUUUUUGUUUCUCAAAAAUAUCUUAUAUUCUUUUAGAUUUUAUCAUUUGCUCGAACAUUAUUAUUUGUUGUUGUUUUUGUUAGAAAAUAUUUCUUUAGUUUUUAAGUAAUGUUAGAGAUUUUACAUUGAAAAUGUAAACGAAUAUGUUUCGUUUAAGUUUUUGAAAAUUACUAAAAAAUUUUGAGAAAAAUCGAAUAUUUAUUAUUAUUUUAAGGUAAAUUCGCACUCAAUAGAAUUUACGAAAUUUAGAAAAAUUACAAACAUUAUUUACAACUUAAUAAAGUUCUUAUUAUUUAUGUUUAAGUAUUUAAUACAAAAUUUUAUUUAAAAAAAUUAUAAAAAUUUGUUGGAAAUAAAUAAU